AUGCCUGCAGACUAUAACUCAACGGCCCAGGCACUGGCCCUCUCUCCAGAUCGCGGUUCUUCUCCCUCGUCGAACCGUCCGCCCUGGUCCACCACAUCGUCGAGCCGCCGCAUGUCAAACCCACUUAUCAACCGUCGCCGCGCGAGCAGUGGCUAUGCCGCUGUUAGGAAAUCGAGCUUUGUGCAUCGCAUUUGGGGCUCGGUCAAUUUGCUUGGCGAACAGGUCUUGAAGGUCUACCUGCGCUUGUCGCCCGUUCAGCGAGUGCUCGCCCUUGCAGGCGUUGUCGCUGCGGGCGUGCUUGGCGUGCUAGCCAUCAUAUACUCACACGUCUUCUUCAAGUGGCUCGAGCCAAAGGCUGAGGCGUGGCGCGCACUCCCGGGAGGAUGGAUUCUGGCGUUUAUGCUUGUCUUCGUCACUUCUUUCCCGCCGAUUGUCGGAUACUCGACUGCGAGCACCAUUGCAGGCUUUGUGUAUGGAUUCCCGUUGGGUUGGCCCAUUGUAGCAUCAGGAUGCACUGCAGGAGCUCUCUGUGCAUUUCUCGCGAGCAGGACUGUCUUGAGCGGGUACGUUGAUCGCAUGGUCGGUCGGGAUCAUCGCUUUGUUGCCUUGGGCCAGGUGCUGCGCCAGGAGGGUAUCUGGUAUCUCACGGCUAUCAGAUUCUGCCCUCUGCCAUUCAGUCUGAGCAACGGUUUUCUUGCUACGAUUCCUAGUAUUACGCCGCUAGCGUUUACUAUCUCUACGGCAUUGUCGAGCCCUAAGCUGCUUGUCCAUGUUUUCAUCGGCAGUCGUCUUGCUCUCCUAGCCGAGAAGGGCGAUAAGAUGACCGCCGGUAGUAAAGCCAUCAACUACCUGAGCAUGAUUCUUGGUGGUACGGUUGGUCUCGUUGUUGGCCUCAUCAUUUACCGUCGCACUAUGGCUCGAGCCGAGGAGCUUUCUCGACAGGAGGGGUUGAAUCCCUCUGGCCUAGCUGCCGAGGAAGGCGAAGCUGGCUAUGCUGAUUCUGACAACUCUCCUCUUAUGGACCCUGAAGAUGCCGCUGUCCUUAUGUCGGAUGAUGACAUCUCGCUGUGGGAGAGGGAUGAGCUUGAAGGAAGUUACCGCGACGAAGAGGAUGAGGAUACGAAUAAGAGGGGGAACCAAAGGGCAUAA